AAGAGGGGGAAUCAGUCUGGGUCUGUCCAACCCGCCGGAUGGGUGCUUUGAUUCGCCGUAUGAUCAUCGUGCCAAUGGCUCCGCAGGGUGUCAAUGGCGCAGAGGUACCUGCGCACCCCGGUUCCCCACCAUUUACGACUAAUUUUCAUACAAACAGGUAAACUCCCAACGGGGACCUGAGAACCAGUUUAAAUGCAGCAGAUUCCAGUAAAAUUUGAGUAUUGGAUUGGCUGCGGUAGGUGUUCCGUAGAUUUUUAUUUUGGGCGUUUGAGAAAAUAAAGGAAGGUUCAUAAGACAUCUGUCAUUUUUUUCCACUUCUGCCGGAAUCAUCGGUGAAUCAGGCAGGCACUAUGCUGAUGGGCAUUGUGGAGAGUCUGCUGUGCUGCUUGACGGCGAAGUACAGUAACGCGCCAGUGCGUCUUCGAGCCCCAGACACCAGCGACGGCUUCGAGUUCGUGGAGGUGAAGCCGGGCCGAGUGCUGCGAGUGCGCCACGUCGUCCCCGAGCGGCCGGCUGGCGAGGAGGUGGAUGUGCCACCAGGGGUCAGCGUUCGCUGCAAGCGGAAGAUCGUCGUGUAUCGCGGCGGGCAGCUGCUCAUUGAGAACCUGGCCGAAGUGCCCCGCUCCGAGAUCCUGCACUGCCAGGACGGGAGCACUACUGAGGUUAGCGCCACUCUGGAGGUAGAGAUGGGCGCCGCCCUAUCUGCAGGGCCUGGGACUACACCUCCCACAAGCCGCCGGCGACGCAGGCCCAAACGCACGGUGCUGAUCGACAUGGAGCAGCAAAUCUCCAGCUGCAAGGGCAGCCAGGCGGACGUGGCGCUGUUCUUCCUCCACGGGGUGGGUGGGUCCUCAGAUAUCUGGGCCAAUCAGCUCGAUUUCUUCUCACGCCUCGGCUACGAGGUGAUUGCCCCUGACCUGCUGGGCCACGGGGCCAGUUCGGCGCCUGAGUUCCCUGCCGCCUACACCUUCUACGCGCUGGCGGAGGACCUGCGAGCCGUCUUCAAGAAAUUCGCGCGCCGACGUAACAUCCUCAUCGGCCACUCUUAUGGGGUGUCAUUCUGCAGCUUCCUAGCGCAUGAAUACCCGGAGCAGGUGCACAAGGUGGUGAUGAUCAACGGCGGUGGUCCAACAGCCCUGGAGCCCAGCCUCUGCUCCAUCUUCAACCUGCCCUCCUGCAUGCUGCACUGUCUCACGCCCUUCCUGGCCUGGAGCUUCCUCAAGGCCGGCUUCGCUCGCCAAGGGGCCAAGGAGAAGCAGCUGCUGAGGGAGAACAAUGCCUUCAACGUGUCACCCUUCGUGCUGCGGGCCACCAUGAGCGGCCAGUACUGGCCUGAGGGCGAUGAAGUGUACCAUGCGGAGCUCACUGUGCCCACCCUGCUGCUACAUGGCAUGUGUGACAAGUUCGUGCCCAUCGAGGAGGACCAGCGCAUGGCAGAGAUCCUGCUGAUUGCCUUCCUGAAGGUAAUCGAAGAGGGCAGUCACAUGGUGAUGAUGGAGUGUCCAGAGACGGUCAACACGGUCCUGCACGAAUUUUUCCUCUGGGAGCCUGACAUCCCGGCCAGACAGCCUCCCACCAAGCCUGAUGCCAAGCAGGCCACUCUAGCCCCUGCGGCAAGAAACACCAAAAGAAAAUAACCAAUGGGAAUCUGAGAUUCCAGAGAGUGUAACCAAUGAGAGUCCUCGUUGCUGGUGAGAGCAGAGUGAUUUGUGAGCUUGUACACAGCAGGCUGAUUUGAGCAUAUCUGUUCCAGGGCCACGGAGGAUGGAGAGGAGGAAAGAAAGAGGAGGGAGGAGAUGAGGAGAGGAGGUGAGAGAUGGGGAGGACAGGGAGAGCAGGAAAGAAAGUGGGGGAGAGUUGGCGAGGAGGUUGAAGAUAUCAAGGAACACAUGAUAAGAGGGAAAUCUGGACAUUUCAGAGAGGGAAGUGCAUGACUGCCACACACCCCACCCAGCGAUCACUCCAGCUGUCCCAACAGAUACCCCACACCCCACCCAGAACCCCCCCCCCCCCCUUGGUGAGAAGAGGGCGAAGGAGGCGCAGAACAGUGCUAGGAGCUUCUCUGUGAGGAACUAGUGUCACAGGAUUAGGUACAUGUGACGGUGACCAUGUAAGACAGCCAAUCAGCUGCGGGAGAGGACCAGAAGCUAGGCAACAUGCGUGUGCUGUGUGUCCGUUACUGCGGGCAUUUCAAUCUGCCUGAAACCCCACUCUUACACUUACCGGGUUAAAUACAGUAGCGCUUUGUGAAAUGUUAUUACUGACUUGAGUGUAACAUUGUAAGCAGUGAAGUCCACAUGUAUAGACGUGUAUAUGCUUUGCACUGUAGUGCUCCCUCGUGUUCAGCUACAGCCUCAGCAGUGUUCUUUUUAGCGCCUCUGACAGGGGGGCCUCCUGUCCUCAAGCAAUUUAUCUGACCUUAAGGUUUGGGCAUGUUGUCCACUUCAGGAUGCUCAUCUCUUCACAGGUGCAUUAUGGGAAAGCAUUGCACACACAGCCUCAGCUGCUCUGACUCCCCCUCCAGCCAUGUUCACAUGGUCUGCUGGCAGAUACAUGUGUACGUGUCACUUUAGUGGUUUGGGCUCAGGAGCAGAAUAAGGGCAGGAGAUGCCUCCCCCUCAUGUCACCACGACUGUGUGUGUGUCUGUCGUGUUUGGUGUAAAUGUCAAAUUGUGCAGCACAUAACACAGACGACCUGCACAACGUCCAUUACGUCAGUAGUCCGACGUGCAGCUGAGAAACCCUGGACGCCCAUGUCUCCCUGUCUUAAUGGUGUAUGUGAGAUCAGCGUGAAGAAUAAACGUGGUUUUUAAA